CACGUACAGCACACACUCAGACGAAGUGCGCCCGUUCAGACCUCCAGGCUGCGUCUUGGUUCAAGACCGGGAAUCCCAAGUUCUGCUGCAGGCUCGGACGUUUGCCAAGUUAAGAAAAGACUAGUUUUAACAAAAUUGUGAGUUGAUUUUACUGAUUCGCCCCGCCACUGCCAAGCUUGCCUAAGACAUCAUGCCCUCGAAAAAGACCCCCAAGUUUGAAUCCGUUCCGACGAAGGAUCCGGCAGAUGAAGACCAUACAAGACAUGAAACAGACCCGGAUUUCAUGUGCGGCAUCUUCGGAUGCAGACCACCGUGGCUUCAGAGAUUCGCGAAGGCUUACUACUUCCUCCUCUUCUACACUCUGUUCGGAAUCUUCCAAGGGGCGCUCAAGGCGUACCUCAACGGCUGCAUUUCAACCCUAGAGAAGAAAUUCGGCCUCACGGGCAAGACGUUCGGAGUCAUACUCAUUGCGGACAACAUCAGCGCGCUCUUCGCCAGCCUUCUCAUAGGUUACUACGCCACGAAGAUCAGCCGGCCGAAGAUCAUCGCGUUUGGAGUUUGGAUCUCCGUUCUGGGAUGCUUCUGCAGCGUGCUGCCGUACCUCAUCUACGGGCCGGGAUUCAUAGGCCAAGGAGAAGUCACGUCCGGCGCGAAGUCGGACGUCGCGUCGCGAAGUUCCAGGACGCAGCUAGCGUUCUGCGCGGAGGCAGAACGGGACGUCGUUGAGGCGGCGGCGACCACCGCGAGGGACGAGACGCCCGCCCCGACGGCCAUUGUGGCCGUGUGCCUGCUAUUUUUGGCCAACUUCCUGAACGGUAUCGGCGGCACGGCUUUUUACAUCUCAGGUGCAACGUACACAGAUGACAACGUGAAAAAGAAGAACUCUCCCGUCUACUUCAGUUUGAUCAUGUCCCUGCGCUUGGUCGGGCCCAUGCUGGGCUACGUGUCGGCGUCUGUUUGCCUCAGCAUCUACGAGUCGCCAUUCGAGAAACCCGGAAUCAGCCGCAAGCACCCGAACUGGCUCGGCGCCUGGUGGUUGGGGUUCGUCAUCUGGGGUGGUGCCAUGGCGGUGAUGUCGCUGCCAAUGUCCCUGUUUCCCAAGCACAUUCGGAGGAGUUCUGUGUACGCCAGCACCGAGGAGAAGAAGAGCAAUCCCAAGUCUCUGGGCGAGAAGAUCACCAGCGAUGCGCGAGAGUUCAAGACUGCCGUGAGCCGCCUUACCAAGAACCCCGUAUUGAUGUGGAAAAUGGCAACGCUUAUUUUCAUCAUCAACGCGAUCGGUGGUUACGUCAGCAUGUUCCCCAAGUACGUCGAGAACCAGUACCGAGUUUCGGCAUCAAAGGCGAGCCUCUUCACAGGACCCACGAAGGUACUGGCAAUGAUGGUCGGCCUCUUUCUCGGAGGAAUGAUCAUUCGCUUCUGGAAGCCACGUGCGCGCACAAUAGGACUGCUGGGAGCCUUCGCGGACUUCAUCAACAUUUCCUUCCUCUUCGCUGGCAUUUUCCUCGGCUGCUCCGGCUGGCAAUUGGCGGGCACACAUGUCGAUACUGACGGCAGACUGUCUCUGAGUAAUCCGUGCAACGAGCACUGCGACUGCCCCACUGGACGCUUCCAGCCCAUCUGCCACGUCGAUCAACUGGCCACAUACUUCUCUCCUUGCGCGGCAGGGUGCCUCGACAGAGGAAACGGAUCCAUGGAGUGUUCCUGCAUAACGGAAGCCGUGGGCGCCGACGCUGCGCUAUCGAAAAUGACUAACGGGUUUUGUGACUUUCCCUGCCAAAAUCUCUUCAUUCUCGUGUUCAUCAUCAGCUUGGGAAAGCUGAUAUCGCAACUCUCUCGGGUAGGAUCGACGCUCAUCACCCUCAGGUGUGUUGAUCCAGCAGACAAGGGAAUAGCAGUUGGAAUGCUCGCCGGGUGCUUAAACUUUCUCGGAGCCAUUCCAUACCCGCUCAUCUACACUGCCAUAUUUGACGCCACCUGCCUCGUGUGGGAAGACCGGGGCGGGCACCGGGGCAACUGCUCGUUCUACGACGUCGACAAGCUGCGAGUCGCCUACCACGCCGUCACCAUCAUCUUCAUGACGCUCGGACUGGUGUGCCAACUCAUCAUGUCGUACUACGCCAAGCGCGUAACCAACAUGUACGGCGAAGACGAAGUUCGCCUAGAAGACGCGUCGUCCAAGCCCUCGGAAAACGGCGCCUUCGAACUGAACGGCGUCAACGGCGUCCACGCGGGCAAGACGACGUCGAGUAGCGCCUGAGACACGAGACGCCCGUUUCCCUUUCAAUUUUGUGAAAGACGGGAACGACUGGAGUUCUACGUGAAAUGGUCCGCACGCGCUGAUGUAAUCGCGUAUAGCGAGACUUGGUACCGGUGGUUUACGCAUUUACUCAGGCUGUAGGGUGGCAUCGUCGUAAGUACCACUCCCGGCGACAGAAGUGUAUCGGGCAUGAGCAUCACGGCAAACGCGCAUUUCUGCUCUGUUAAUGCUUGACGACUCUCACUUAAAGGGCCCCUAAACCAGUCGGAGUUGAAACACGAGAACUUGGUUUCUCGCCUUCAUUACCCUUAUUACAAGCGUUAUCUCCUACUCUCUGCUUAUUUCUUCAUAAAACACUUGAACAAUGUCAGUACUAAGCGUUGAGACUAUCAGGAUCUCGCGUUUUUCGGCUGCACGCUGUUAUGUCCGCUUGCGCAGUCGAAAGUGCACAAAACGAGGUCAAAGUUGAUCGCGCAUGAUAGUCAUACGAGUCAAGGCAGAACGGGCGUGUGACUGCAUGCUAAAGCAGGAGAGGAGAGAAUUCACAAUUGACAUCCCUCGUACAUGGACUAAUCAAGAGUUUAUUUCCUCGCGACGUCACGUGAACAGACUGCUGGCGUCGCGUACUGUUCCGAAAAGACAGCAAACGCCGGGAGAGAACAACAGGCUCGUUCUUUGUAUUUUCGGAGGUUAUUUGGGGGCCCUUUAACGAACAACUUUGUAUAGGUCGCCAGAGCUGCUACAGUCUGGAACUUUUUUUAAUUAGAACCUAGCGUCGGAGAUAGAGUGGAAACGCAGCCUUUUUUUUUUUUUUUGCGAACUUAGUGUCCCGUAGAAAUUUUGUCGCCGCACGUAAACGUUGCCCCUCGCGAGAAGUACGCGGUGUAAAAGCCAUUACUAUGUACUUGAAGCGAACACUGUAACUGUUCAUAGUCAAAUACAGAGUCAUCAUCAAGUGGUACUUAAGCCACAUCAUCGCGUUGUCUGUUACCAAAUGUAGUGCUACAUUGCUACCACGAUGUCGUAAUACGUUAGUAGCCUUGACUAGCCUAAUCACCUUAACGGUCAGGCUACGCACUGCAUGGUCGCGAUAAGUAUUAUAACAGCAAUAAAUAUAUUUUUCGAUGUUAACACUGAAUUCAGCGCAACUGUCGGUGCCCAUCGUGCUUCUUUCACAUCAGCGUAGUCGCUUGUGGCUACGUCGUUUCCUCCACAGUGUGCAACCCAUCCACAAGUGAACGUCACCAUUCCAGGUAAUGGAAUGGAAAAACUUUAUUUAGGUCCUUCGGGGCGUGAACCAGUCGGGCGUGAACUAGCGGGCCGCUCCCACGUCGGGACAGAUAGG